CAUCAGAAAACGUUGAAGCAAGCUGGAUCAAGAUUUCAGAAUUGACAAAUGAAACUAUAACAGUUGAAUGGAGUAGCUCGGCUGCUGGAUCACUAUUUUCUGCUGUAUUGGAAAACAGUGACAAGAGUGAGUCUCAGAACAAGGAAGCAACAGCUGACGACAGUAAAAAGUGCAGUGUUGAGUUUACAGGCCUGAAGCCACUAACAAAAUAUAUUGUGAAAAUCACUUCUUCAGUGAAGGGAGAGUCUUCUUCAACAGUUAACACAAUGACGCCCCCAUCACUGGAGAUGCCUGAAAUAGAGGACGUCACAUUUAAGUCUGCUCAUCUUACAUUAGCUCCACUUCCUGAAGAGCAAGCCAAAGAUGUGGAGGGAUAUCUUCUGCUAGUGAGGCCACUAGAGGAUGCAAAAGAUUAUCCUAAAGCUGAAAUCAAGGACGCAAGUUUCAAGUCCAAGUUAGAGAGUUUGGUUGAAGCACCAUUCUACAUUGCAUAUGAAUUUACUCAGGAGGAGUUAUCAGAAGAGACUGGUGGUCAAGUUCAGGUUGGUUCCGGAGCUGCUAAAAAGGAUGGUAAAUAUGGAGCUGUUCAAGACCCGAAAUUGACUAGUGGGGGAAACUACCGGGUUGUAUUGGUUGUAAUUAUGAAUGUAGAGGGGGAGAGAACCCUGUUUGCCGAGGAAAGCUGUCAAAUGCUUGUGAAGUAAUUAUUGUUUGGCCCAUUCACCUGCACUAAUUGAGAAUGACAAAAUGGCACUAAGCUACAAACAUGCUGCUGUAAUUUUCUGAAGUCUUGUCUAGUUUAAAUUGCUUUGCGAGUGUGCAAAAAAAAAAUAAUCAAGUAUUGUUAAUUGACUAUUUGAGAAAUUAUAUAAAUACUUGCCACAAUGGUAAUUUUUACCCAAAUCUAUUGUACAUGGAAACAGUAAGUUGGUGAUGAUUACUGUAGAUGUUUCCAUUCUAGAAAUACUGUAUGUAGAUUAAAUACCGCACUUUCCAUGGUGCCCUUAAACUAUCAAAAAGUACAUCUGGAAAUUUUUCAUGUAGAAAACAAAUUAAAAAAAUAAUUUAGCACA